AUGUCUAUAUAUCUCUCUUUAUCCCUUCACAUCUAUCUCAUGGAUUAUUUAAUACCGACAAGAUUUUUUAUUGCUGCUAAUAUUUUUUUUUGUCUAUCUUGGUCUCUUCACGUCUGUCUGUCUGUCUGUCUUGGUCUCUUCACGUCUGUCUGUCUGUCUGUCUUGGUCUCUUCACGUCUGUCUGUCUGUCUUCACAUCUAUCUGUCUGUCUGUCUGUCUAUCUAUCUUCACAUCUAUCUGUCUAUCUUCACAUCUAUCUGUCUAUCUUCACAUCUAUCUGUCUAUCUUCACAUCUAUCUGUCUAUCUUCACAUCUAUCUGUCUAUCUUCACAUCUAUCUGUCUAUCUUCACAUCUAUCUGUCUAUCUUCACAUCUAUCUAUCUAUCUUCAUCAUCUAUCUGUCUAUCUUCACAUCUAUCUGUCUAUCUUCUUCUAUCUAUCUAUCUAUCUUCAUCUAUCUUCUAUCUUCUAUCUAUCUAUCUAUCUUCACAUCUAUCUGUCUAUCUUCACAUCUAUCUGUCUAUCUUCACAUCUGUCUGUCUAUCUUCACAUCUGUCUGUCUAUCUUCACAUCUGUCUGUCUAUCUAUCUUCACAUCUAUCUGUCUGUCUAUCUAUCUUCACAUCUAUCUGUCUGUCUAUCUAUCUUCACAUCUAUCUGUCUAUCUAUCUUGGUCUCUUCACAUCUAUCUUAG